UCUCUCUAAAAACCAGAGAGAGCCAGAAGAAGAAGACGAAGCACCAGAGCUGCGUUAGGGUUUCGAAAUCAGACUAGUAGGCGUGUAGGUAGAGAUUGAUUGAUGUGAAGCACAGGUGGUGGUUUGUGUUGGUUGAAGAAGAAGAAGACGACGACGGAGCAAUGGCAACAGCGCCGGUGAAGCCGCCGCUGCACAACUUCCCGCUAUCCUUCUUGAAAUGGGGGAGUAAGAACCACACCAACACCAACCACCGCUACCGCCGCCCCGUCUCCGCCGAGCCCGAGCCUUCCGCCGACGACGACCGCAACGAUUCCGAGUCUCCGCCGCAGCACCACCGCGUCGGAUCCCGCACCGCGCGCCACCGCUUCUCGCUCGCUUCCUGCUCCGAGAAGCUUCCGCAGAGAAACGAGAAAGCCAGCGAGGAGAGCGACGACGACGUUGACGACGACGCUAAGGCUGCCGCCGUCGCCGCGGUGGCUGCGGCCGAGGAGGCGGAGGUUCAGAAGCCGUGGAAUCUGAGGCCGAGGCGAGCACCGGUGACGAAGGCGAAUAACAACACCGGCGGCGAGGUGCAUGAGGCGGAGGGGACGAAGCAGAGCGAGCAGCCGGCGCCGAAGUCGAUGAGGCUGAGGGGGUUGGCGGCGGCGGCGGAAGGACCGAGCAUGGAGAAGAAGAAGGAGAAGAGGAAGUUCUGGAUCGCUUUGUCUAAGGAUGAAAUUGAAGAGGACAUAUUCAUCAUGACCGGGUCUCGACCCGCCCGGCGGCCCAAGAAGCGCCCCAAGAACGUCCAGAAGCAGCUCGAUAACUGCUUUCCGGGUUUGUGGCUGGUGGGGUUUACUGCUGAUGCUUAUCGCGGUUCCGAUUCUCCAACUAAGAAGUAGAAGAUUGUGUGGCUGCCCCUGUGGUGUGGAAACCUCGAUUUGAGGUAUAAUGUGCUGAAUUUUAAAGUAGAGGAACUGGAGUUACCUAUAGUAGUUGAAAAGAAGGUAUAUUAGGGGGGAAAGUUAUCUAAUUUCCUUGUUUUUAAUGUUUUUGGGUCUCAUUUUGUAUUGCUCGUAGGGGCAGGAUCCAGGGCCGCUUUAGUUGCUUUGCAUUCAAGUAGUUCUAGUAUGUAAAAAAUGGACGACUUAUAUAUAUGUAAAU